UUUUUCCGGCACACUCCGCCAUUCUACGCGAAAAUAGCCAAUAUAGAACCCGGUUAAGAAUAGCUGAGCGUGAACGAAAUCGACGUGAAGAAGAACUUAAACGGCUUUUAACUCUCCCACAACCAACAAAAUCUUUAAAUAAUAAUAAAUUGUCUUACUCAACAUUAUCUGAGAAUCGGAUAGAAAUGAUGGCCUUAAAAAGAAAAAUUUUACUUUAUGAGAGAUUACUUAAAGAAAAAACAAGAGAGAACACAAAAUUAUUGGAAGACAAAAAAAUUGUAGAAGCAUCAGAAACACGCAAAUUAACAGAAAAACUGGAAAAUGAAUGUCAAAGGCUACGAGUACAUUUAGCACAAUCUGUUCCGGAAACAGAAUUUUUAAAAGAAAAGGAUCAGUAUUUAACAAUAAUAAAUAGAUUAAUUGAUGAAAAUAUGCAUUUACGUCAAGUUGUUGGGAAGUUUGAACACAAGAGAAAAGAAUCAGAAAAGUUGUUAACGGAAUUAGGCGGUGGGGAAGCGUUGGUUAGACAAUUUAGAACUAUGAGUAUAAACACUCGAAAACAGGCAAACUUCUAUAAAAAAGCUUUAAAUAAUUUAAUGACAAAAGGCAAGCAAUCGCUACAGAGCAGUCGCCGUCGCCCUACUUUAGCCUCCACAACUUCUUCAGUUUCUGGAAAAUUAAAAAAUCAAAAUUUAAAUAAAUCCCAAUCUUCUCUAAAUAAUUUUAAUUUAAGAAAGGAAAUUCCAUCCGAACUUAAUUUAAAAAAUUCCAAACGUCGUGCUUCUUCGUUAGAAAAUUCUAAAGCUUCCAAGUCUGUCAAUAAUGAACCUACAAACUUGAAAAAUGUAGAAAAUGAAAGUUUGGGGAUUUUGUUGGACAGUGAAGGUCCCCCUUCCAUCAACAAUACCAAUUUUAAUGAAAAAUCCCCUUCAAAUCAGCCAACUCCCCAAUCCAAUCGUUCAUUAAUUACUUGUGUUAGACGCACACAACGAUCAAAUUCUGAAAACUCAAAAAUAGGAUUUCCCAAGAAGGAAGAGUUUGAAGAACAAAAUGUGGAGGAAGAAGAAGAAAAUGAAAAAAAAUCUGAUGAGGAUUUGGAUUUUAAGCAUUUUGAAGAUUCUGAAGAGGAAGGGGAAGUUGAAGAAGAUGAGAAGGAAGGGAAAGAAGAUGAGGAGGAUGAGGAAGAAGAAGAGGAUCGGGAUGAAGAGAGUAUUCAUCAAGUAUCUGAAGAGUCGGAUGAAAAGGAGAUUGAAGACAUGGUUGGGGACGGGUAUAAAUUAAACAAAAAAUGGGAGGGGAAGAAAUUGAAAGAGAAGGGGCAUUUUAUUGAAAGGGAUUUGAAAACGAAGAGACCCAUUUAA